GAAAAACGACGUUUCGUGGAUUGAGGGCAUCUACCUGCCUCUCAGAAACUCGUCAUUAGUGCCCAGCGAAACGUGUCGAAACGAUGUCGACGCCAUUUUGAAGGUUCUGGAGUCCAACGCCCUGGCAGCCAUCAUCAACAGCCAAGGCCGGUUCUGGAAUGCAUUUCUGGUAGACUCGUGGGGCAAAACGGGAGACGGGAUUCUUGACGGCAAUUUCGUGCUGUGGGGAAUGCCGCCCGAAUGCACGAUGCUUGAGGUCGACGAGCACUUCGGUUGGCCGUGGAAUGUCAACACCACCUUCUCGGGGCGAUACUGUCUCGUGUACACUCAGAGCCUCGAGGACGGCAACACGCCUUUGGAAGCCCCAGCAGCCCGCGUCGGACCUGCCAUGGCCGCAGCAGCGCGUUCCUUCCUUCUUCCAGUUCGGGACCUGCAUUCCUCGAGCUGUACCUCCGAGGACAUGAUGGCAAGUCUCGAAGCCACCAUGCGCAAGGGCGGGAAGCGACCCAGACACGUGGAUUGCCUUGAGGAGAAGGAGCUCGACGGAGGAGACAUCGCCUACAUCGUAGUGCUGUCUAUCCUGGGAGCUCUGAUGCUGGGUGGCGCCUUCGCUGACUGGCUCAUUGGAGAGAACCAGGAGCUGCGGGAGGGUCCUCUUCGCUUCCUGCUCGUGUUCUCAGUCUCCAGCAACUUGAAGAAAAUAUUCCAGAUAAACAACAAACCAAGUCCUUCUGUGAUUUCUUGUCUGCAAGGCAUGAGGGUGCUGAGUAUUGACGAGUAAAGUGAUUGACCAGACGCUUGUCAACGCGACCUAUAGCGUGGACACGUUUUUCUUCAUGAGUGGCUUGUUGGUGGUUUACGGGGUCAUGAGGGAACAGCAGAGGUCAGGCAGGGUCAACUGGAUUUUGUACUAUAUUCACCGCAUCAUAAGGUCACGUGUAGCAGCGGGGUCCGAACAGGAAGGAGGCGAGACCAGAUCUCCCGGUAAUGGUACUACCCCAAAAGUACCAGGGGGUAUCAGCGCCCUCUACAGGGGUAUUGUCUACCUUCUCGUGGAGACUCGCCUUCUCAUCUCACACCAGAGCCGAGGGGUCGCCUUCUCUUCUCGCGCUAAGGCUAAGGGGUUGCCUGGGGCAUAA